CCAAGCUCCUUACCAAACCGGUUUUGUUGGAAUGUCUGGUCCAGUAGUGUUAAGUAGACGCGAGAAGACACCCUCGUCCGUCACCAACCAUAGCUUAGAAUCUAAGUAUUCACCAAAGAGUGCUGUAACUGCCGAUGAUGUUAGAUGUUGUAAUCAGUGCAUCGAAUGUACACGUAUAUUGUAUAUUCAGAAUUUUGGUGUAAUUAGUGCUGUUAUCAUGAUGUUAAUUCCAGUAGUAUAUGUAAUCAUUGCAUUCUCACAAUCAGUCAAUACGAAGGUUAUUGCUGGUCCCGCGACCGCGAGUGUACCCAUCAAUCCCUUCAUAAAGUAUUUAAGUUCUCUGAUAACCUUUUUUAAUGCAUGCGGUCAAGACCCUCAGUGUUUCAUUUCGUAUAUCAUCAGUUCUGGGGAUGUCAAGUUAUACAGAUCGCCAAUCGUGUAUGCUGGAGAAUCAAGUUUCUUUCGUUAUCCGAACACUAGCGAUGUUUUACAUGUUACGAUCUUUAAACACAUCGAUGCACAGGAUCCUGGAACCGUCAUAUUUAGGAAAAAGAUUGAACAUAAGAAUCAAUGUUUCGGGUUUGACGUGAUUGGAAAAUAUUCGUCUCCAAAAGUAGUCAUAUCAAAUUGUUUUACCAGCUGCUAUUUAAACACAUGCAAUGGAACUAGAAGUUCUACGCUUCAAGUCGCAAAUAAUACUACAAGAAAUGCGUUUAUUGUUGUCAUGGAAUUCCGUUAUGGCACAGACAUGUCUACCCGCGACAUAUUACCAUCUCAAACAGCAAAACAAGGAUUGUUAUCAAAUGUGUAUGCCGAACCACCAACCAUCUCCUUUUAUAAAAAACAAGAUGUGUCAUCGCCAAAAUUUCUCAUAGAAGAGAACCUGAAGCUGGGUAUAUAUGACACAUGUGUAAAAUUGGAAGGAAACUAUGAAGAUCCUCAGAUUGUUUUUGUACCCUGCACACUACUACUACGUACGAAUACUGGGUGUAAACCUUCUGCUUUGAUCCCAGAAGGCAAAAGCAAAACGGUAUUUUCGAGAACUUGCACGUACAUGUAGCGUAGAAUUCUUUAGAUUUUCCUGUGAAGAAUGAAGGAACUACGUAUGUAUCUAUUGCUAUGACUUAUGUAAGCCUAUGCUGACGAAAUAUGUAUUCAUUAAUGUGUUAUAUUUUGGCAAAAAAAGGUCAGAAAGAUAUACAUAUAAUUUGUGAUUUUCAGCAUAUUCUUGUUUUAUAUCUUUCUGUAUUCGGUAAAUGAACCGCCAUUCUUUCGUCACAUGUUAAUUACUAUUGCACAUUUUUUCAAUAAAAUUUAUCCGAUGGGAAUUUAUCUGAAGAACAAGUACUUAUUCGUUUUACUCUCAACCAUGUUUUUUUUUUUUUUUUUUUCAUUUGAAAAGUUUUUCAUUCUUUAACAUAGGUACUUACCUGCUUGAUACAAAGAAGAAUAAUGAAGCAGUAACAUUUAACAAGUGUAACAGUCAAUUUCAGAAAUGAGUUUAUUUUGAGAAUUUAAAACAAUAACUCAGAAAAUUAAGUAGGUGGAUGUAUCAAAAUCAAUACUCAAUUCUAGACAAAGUUCCUCAAAGGUAAUCAAAACACAAUAUUUUCAUUGAAAUUUCUAUAAUGAAAAUUUAAUAAACUUAGAUAGGUUGCAGAUUGCAAUUUGCACAACACCUUUUCAAAAAUUAUUGUUCAAUUUUGGGUUUGAAAUUCUCCAAGAAUGUGUGAAGAACAUUUCCCAAAAAUAUUUGAAUUCGUUUCCAAAAUAAUAUCAACUUUACUGAUUUAGAUAAAAGAUUCUUUGCAUGAGCCAUUUUCAAAAAUCCUAGAAAUUAUAACAAGGCACGUCCUCAAAACUGCUCAAAAUGUUAUUUCUUUUGCAGAAUAUUCAAUUUUCUCGCCAAAUUUCAGCAAUUCAGGGGUAAUUCUCAAAAAAA